CGUUUCCAUAUGGGAGGGAGCCUGAGGCAAAUGCGGCUAAAAGCAGCUAGCAUCUCUAGAGAGUCUGCAACGGCAGUGCAGCUGUCCGUCCUCGUUGUUAGUUGUCUUCAGAAAAGUCCAAUCGACGCACGUCGCGAGCGAAGCAAUGGCGCAAAGCAUGGCAUUGAACGCGGCCUCCUUCUCCGCGGCUCGCUGUUCUGUGUCCCAUCACAGGCUAGACCGAAAGGGUCACAUUGCAGGUCGAACCGCACGCCAGGACUUUCUUGGCAAUGCUGCUGCAUUCCAGUUCCACGCUCAUAUUGGUAGUAGGAAGGCAAGCAGGGCAGGAGGCCUUCGUGUGGUGGCAGAGAAGGUUGUUGGCAUUGACCUUGGUACAACCAACAGUGCUGUGGCCGCAAUGGAGGGUGGAAAACCAACUAUCAUUCCCAAUGUGGAAGGCUCACGAACCACACCGUCAGUGGUUGCAUUCACCAAGAAGGGGGAGAAACUGGUUGGGCAGAUCGCAAAGCGCCAGGCUGUGGUGAAUCCCGAGAACACGUUCUACAGCGUGAAGCGCUUCAUCGGGCGCAAGGGUCGGGAGGUCAAGGAGGAAAUCAAGCAAGUGACGUACCACGUGGUCAUCGACAAGGACGAUAACAUCAAGCUCGAGUGUCCCGCCCUCGGGAAGCUCUUCUCGCCAGAGGAGAUAUCGGCAGAAGUGCUGCGGAAACUGGCCGACGACUCCACCAAGUUCCUGAACGACAGCGUCAAGAAAGCAGUCAUCACAGUCCCGGCGUACUUCAAUGAUAGCCAGAGACAAGCCACAAAGGACGCUGGGCGGAUCGCGGGUCUGGACGUGAUCCGCAUCAUCAACGAGCCGACGGCCGCCAGUCUCGCGUACGGCCUGGACAAGAAGAAGAACGAGACGAUCCUCGUGUUCGACCUGGGGGGCGGCACCUUCGACGUCUCAAUCCUGGAGGUGGGCGACGGUGUGUUCGAGGUGCUGGCGACAUCCGGUGACACGCACCUGGGCGGAGACGACUUCGACAAGAAGAUCGUGGACUACCUCAUCCGGGAGUUCAAGAACAACGAGGGCAUCGACCUCUCCAAAGACAAGCAGGCUCUGCAGCGGCUGACGGAGGCUGCGGAGAAGGCCAAGAUCGAGCUGUCCACGCUGACGCAGACCAACAUCAACCUGCCGUUCAUCACCGCCACCUCCGACGGGCCCAAACACAUCGACAUCACGCUCACGCGCGCAAAGUUCGAGGAACUGUGCUCUGACCUGCUGGAGCGCGUCAAGACGCCCGUGCAAACGGCGCUCUCGGACGCCAAGCUGAGCAUCAAGGACAUCCAAGAGGUCGUGCUUGUGGGAGGAAGCACGCGCAUCCCCGCCGUUCAGAAGAUCGUCAAGGACAUGACAGGCAAGGAGCCGAACGCGACGGUGAACCCGGACGAGGUCGUGGCUCUGGGUGCGGCCAUCCAGGGGGGUGUUCUGUCUGGCGAGGUCAAGUCCAUCGUGCUCUUGGACGUGACCCCCCUCUCGCUGGGCCUGGAAACGCUAGGCGGCGUCAUGACAAAACUCAUCCCGCGUAACACCACCGUACCCAGCAGUAAGAAAGAGACCUUCUCCACGGCAGCCGACAGCCAGCCCAGCGUAGACAUCGUCGUUCUGCAAGGGGAGCGUAGCUUGGCCACGGACAAUAAGUCGCUCGGCCGCUUCCGGCUGGAGGGGAUCCCCCCGGCGCCACGUGGCGUCCCCCAGAUCGAGGUGACGUUCGACAUCGACGCGAACGGCAUCCUCAACGUGACGGCGGUCGAUAAGGGCACCGGCAAAUCGUCUGAGAUCAAAAUCACGGGGGCGAGCACGCUGGACAAAAGCGAAGUGGAAAGAAUGGUGAAAGAGGCGGAGGCUCGAGCAGCGGAGGACGAGGCGCGGCGGGAAGCGAUCGACACGCGCAACGCGGGCGAGAGCAUGGUCUACCAGGCAGAGAAGCAGCUCAAGGAGUUCGCCGACCGGAUCCCAUCCGACGUGAAAGCCGACGUGGAGUCCAAGAUCGAGGCGGUGAAAGAGGCGCUCAAAGGGGAGGACGUGCAAGCGCAGAAGCGGGCGCAGGAGGAGCUGCAACAGGCCAUCAUGCAGGUGGGCCAGUCAAUGUACAACCAGCAAGGCGCAGGGUCUCCCGGUGGUCCCGAAGCAACCGGUUCCGGACCUAACGGGGGAUCCCCCGGGUCGGCUGGAGGGGACGAAGAGGGCCCGGUGAUCGACGCCGACUUCACAGAUACGUCCCGCUAAACCUGAUCGACAUGCGGCCAGAGUUUUGUAGAUAGAGGACUCAACCCACAUAAUAAGCUGUCAAUACACCGGUGGUGAGAGUAGUAUAGAAUUCAUGUGAGUGCUCAAAGACGAAAUUUACAUAAAAAUAGAUGUGUGUCGGGAGUGUAACAAUAGUCGAAAUCGCGCAUCUGCGGCAUGAGCCCCUGAUGAGGCAGAGACAAAGACCGGAGAAAAAAGCUCUUAGCAAUUCCUCUUUUAUAAAAUGAUCAGAUACAGUUCGUCGUUAGUAGAUUUUUGGUCGCAGACUAGAGUCAAGUACAAAACGUGUAGAGUGAGUCACAAAUCUGCAGAGCGCUCAGAUGUCAGAACAGGAAGAGCAGGCUUCCCGUGCACCAAUCAAUUGUACAUACGAGAUAAGCACGGAUCGACGUUGAGAGACAACCAUUUUCAGCGCUCCAGUCACUCACUGAGAACACUGCCUCGAAAUCUUAGAAUUCAAUCCGUAACAAACAAGAAACGCACCUUGGUCAUGACGUACGUGGAUCGUCCAACGGCCGCUGAUCAGCUGCCGUUGUGCUUUUGGG